CGGGAAUAGUAAGUUAGUACUCAUAUGUACACAACCACAAUACUUGUAUCUGGUGGCCAUUGACUCUUUUGUAUAGUCUAUCAGAAAUAGCUUGGAAAAAAAUUAUCUGUACAAAAAAUAAAUAAUUAUAGACGGAACGUAGAAACGUGAAAGUCAAUAGGAAGCAAGACCAGAACUUAAACAUGGCCGAUACAUCAAAGAAUGUUGAAAACUGCGAAGAAGAUAAUUCAGUCACUAUGCUGGAUGUUUUGCAAGAAGCAAACCAGCUUGAGGAAGAUGCCAAUGCUGUAUUAGGAGCAUCCGAUGACGGCAGCUGUACUUAUAAUAAGGGCUACAUUCGUCAAGCACUUUAUGCUUGUAAAACAUGCUGUCCUAAUGAACAAGACCUAGCUGGUGUCUGUUUAGCUUGCAGUUUCCAUUGUCACGAAGGCCACGAUUUUGUUGAAUUGUACACCAAGAGAAAUUUUAGAUGUGACUGUGGAAAUACUAAGUUUGGAGAAAAAAAAUGUUCAUUAGAUCCUUGCAAAGCAGUCGAGAAUAAAGAAAACAAAUACAACCAAAACUUCAAGGGAGUCUACUGUACCUGUUCAAGACCGUACCCAGAUCCUGAAGAUACGACUGAUGAUGAAAUGCUGCAGUGUGUGAUUUGUGAGGAUUGGUAUCACUCCAAGCAUUUGGGUAGUCCCGAAGAAGAGAUACCCGAGGACGAUUCAUUCGAGGAAGUUAUUUGCAAGGAUUGCAUGAGUAAGCAUGAUUUUCUCAGGAAUUACGCCGCCAAGUAUUCCUCUAGCAAAACAAAGAAGAAUUCUGUAAAUAACAAAGAGGAUGUUGACGUUACAAGCCCACCCUCAGAAACAUGUACAAUGCCAGAAAAACCGUCCACGGAAAAAACUGGUGCUUGUUUCUGGAUUGAAGGCUGGCGCUCAUUACUCUGUGUUUGUGAAAAUUGCAAAAAAUUGUACGAAGAACAACAGGUUAGUUUUCUUCUUGAUCCAACUGACAGUGUACAGGCUUACGAGGAAGCCGGCAAAGUUGGAUCCAGUGAGUCUCAGUAUGAAAAGGGUAUGAAAGCUUUGGCGUCGCUUGGACAUGUUCAGCAGGUGAACGCCAUUGAAGAGUACAAUAAUAUGAAAGAAAGACUGAAGGAAUAUUUACAAAAGUUUGCUGAAAAUAAAAAAGUCGUCCGUGAAGAAGACAUUAAAGAAUUUUUCUCAGGAAUGGCGUCUAAUAAAAAAUCUAAAGUUAUUGUACCAUCAUUUUGUCGCUAAUUUUUUUAAAUUAUUGUUUUUUAUUUACAUCAUUUUUAUCAGUUUUUCAUUUUGAUAUUUACAUUUUACUUGGUAUUUUUCGAUUGUAAAUUCAGCAUUGUGUAAUGUAAUAAAAAAAAUGAAA